AUGCUGCGAGUCUCGGCGCUGGCGCUCCUAACUGCGCUGGGCGUCGCCGGAGCAGCGGCGGCGCCAGACAUCAGGCAGCUGGAAGCCGAACUUUACGAACUUUCUGAGACUUUGCGGUGGAACGGCACUACUCAUGCAACGUACGCCCACGUCGAGCCCGCCGCCCGCGCGGUGCACUCGACGCUCUCCUCCAUCGCGGCCCGCGACCCUGGGGCGGUCCCCCGGGCCGCCGACUUCGCCGACGCCAUGGCCCGUCUCGUGGCCGAGAGCCACUACCUCACGGAGCUGUCGCGGCCCCGGGACUACAAGCCGGGGACGCUCGACACCGUCAUGUUCCUGACGGGCAGUGUCAACGAGUGGCACUAUGCCGUCAACCUUAUGGGCAGCAGGCUGCGGCAGCCGUCUAGCUAUCGGGCGCCGCGGCCAGGACGCAGCACAGCGAGGGGCAUUUCCAAGCAGACGAAGCCGGGAACAGAGUUUCGCGACCACGACGCGGGACCGACUAUGGUUGUCAUCCCCACGGGCACUUACACGGCUGGCUCCGACGAGGAGGAGCAGGAACACUGGCAGGUUCCGAAAGAACGGCGGCAAUAUGAGCUGCCGCAUCGCCAGGUGCACAUCUCUACGCCGCUGGCGUUUAGCAGGACCGAGGUUACAGUCAAGCAGUUUGAGGACUUCCUCCGGGACACGGACUACGAGCCACGCGGCGGCGCCCGCUGGUGGGAUCCAUCCGACCCGAGCGCCAUGGUCUUCAACCCGGCCCUCGACUGGAGCGACCCGGGUUUCCCGCAGACACCAGACUCGCCCGUCGUGGCCAUCACGCGCCAGGACGCCAAGGCCUACGCCCGAUGGCUGUCCGUCAUCACGGGCGAAACCUACCGGCUGCCCAGCGAAGACGAAUGGGAGUGGGCAGCGCGCGGCGGCUCCAACGACUCCUUCUUCUGGGGCCACGACCUGGACCACGUCGACCUGUACGCCAACUCGUACGACCAGACGGCGGCGUUGGACAACAAGUUCACGUGGGCGGCGACCAACGUGACCGACGGCUUCGGGUACACGGCGCCGGUGGCGUCGUUCCGCCCCAACGGCUUCGGGCUGUACGACGUGACGGCCAACGCCCGCGAGUUCAUGGCCGACUCGUGGGUGCCGGACCUGGCGCGCUCGGCCAACAACGGCUCCGUCCACCCGGACCCCGUGGCGCCCUUCCCCGUCGUCCGCGGCGGCGCCUGGAACUACCAGCCGCAGAACCUGCGCAUCAACUACCGCAGCGCCUACUUUUCGAGCGAGGUCGCGACCAACAUGUUUGGCAUCCGCCUGGUGCGGGAGCUCUCCUAG